UUUACGUCACGGGUAUCGAUGACAAUGUUCCACAAUGGGAAACUCCAACUAAUGGAGCCUACACUGCAACUUUGCCUGAAAAUUCUGCUGCGGGAACAUUUGUACAAAUGAUAAGUGCUACAGACGCUGACUUAGCCGGAACUGUUGAUGCUGAAGUAACUUACAAAAUAGAGGACGUAACCUCUCUAUUCGGCAUUGAAUCAAAAACUGGUAGAAUUUACCUUGCAAGAGAUGAAGUUGACAGAGAGGUCCUGGAUAAUUACAUCAUCAGUGUCUCUGCUCAUUCGUCCAAUCAGAUAGCGUCUAAAAUCCUGGGAACUGUAGCCAUCACAGUAACAGACAAGAACGACAACACUCCGACCUUCUCCCAGAGCACGUUCCAAGUAACAGUUCCAGAAGAUACAGCUAUAAAUACUGGAAUUCUAACUGUAACUGCACAAGAUCCGGAUUUGAGUACAAAUGGACAAGUCAGUUAUGCUAUUAUAAGUGGAAACGCGGGGGCUGGAUGUCCCUUGACUAUUGGCGCCACAUCCGGUGUGAUAACUGCAACCUCUAAUUUAGACUACGAGACUGCUGUUGUUUGUAGCCUCGUUGUGAAAGCAACAGAUGGUGGCACGCCUACUUCACUGUCUUCCACUGUGAAUGUUUACGUCACAAUCUCUAGUAUUAAUGAGUUCACUCCAACAUUUACUGGACCUAUUACAGGCACAGUGCAAGAAAAUUCAGUAUCAGGUGUAGCCAUGACUUUCCCUGCUGCUACAGAUGGCGACGCUGGUUUUGAUGGAUUAAUUGAUUACACACUGACGACCUACACUGAUGCUUUUGCCAUCAAAAGCACGACCAAAGAAAUUGUUCCGAUUCGACCUCUUGACCGAGAGACUCUUUCUACGUAUGAGCUCGUGCUUGUGGCUGUUGAUCAAGCAAAGGUAAAUAGGAAAACGGGUACAACUACAAUGACUGUAUUUGUUUCGGACGUAAAUGAAUACCCUCCAGACUGUGCAAUAAGUGCUGAGGUAACCGCAAGCCCACCAUUCACAAUCGGGUCGAAUGUAUACACAAUGGUAUGUUCAGACCAUGAUUCACCAGGACCUAAUGGUGCUAUCGUUUAUUCCAUAACUGCAGGGAAUACGAACACAGAUUUUCGUGUGGAAACGGACGGUCGUGUGGUCUAUAACAAAUUGCCCAGUGAUGUAAAUUAUCAACUGACAAUUGUAGCGUCCGAUUCUGCGGUGACUCCCCUUACGACCUCAGUCUUUCUCCACAUAACCUUACAGUCGGAUCCCCUUUUUAUAAACAUGCCCAGUACUGUAUCCAUUGAUGAAUCUUCUCCGCUGGGCGCUUCUGUAUUUGAUGUUUUGGGGAGCUCUGCCUCCGGAUUUAAGUCAUUUUCAAUAAUAAGUGGCAAUGUGGACAAUAAGUUUAGAAUUAAUUCUUUCACAGGAAAUGUGUUUAUAUAUUCUGCUUUAGACAGGGAGGCGACUGCUAUGUAUACUCUUAACAUCAGAAUCACUGACAUUAAUUUAUCCAAAACCGCCGAUAGCACCCUUACAAUAACAGUACUGGACAAUAAUGAUAAUGCCCCAAAAUUUGGCUCUUCAUUUUAUGAAACAUCAGUAGUAGAAAAUAUCGGAGUUGGAACCCUAAUUCAGGACUUGGUAGCAAUAGACAACGAUGAAGCUGGUCCGAACAGUGCUGUGACAUACGGUUUUGUCAGUGGAAACCUUGAAAAUAAGUUUGAAAUAGAUACCAGUGGUAAACUGAAGCUGAAAGCAACUUUGAAUGCCGAGACGACGGCAGUUUACAUGUUAACGUUGACAGCGACAGAUAACGGUACGCCACAACAGACAGGAACAACAAUAGUACUGUUACAAGUGACAAACUUUGACGAGUUUCCAACAGAAUUUUUGACAACAGGAGGAGCUUAUUCUCAUUCCCUUUCUGAGAAUACUCCUCUUGGCACGCUUGUAUUUUCUGUGACUGCCCAAGAUCUGGACGUGGGAACACAAAUUACGUACGCUAUCACAUUGGGAAAUGAUAACUCUUUCACGAUAGACCCUCAGUCUGGAAAUAUUUUUCUGACCAAGUUACUUGACAGAGAAACAACUCCAACAUAUUCAUUAACAAUAUCCGCCAACAAUGGGAAGGGAGAGGUGAAAAAUGCCGUACUCUCUUUGACUGUUACAGAUGUUAAUGAUAAUGAUCCAACUUUCUCACAAAAUGUGUACGUGACACAGGUAAUUGAGAACUACCCGGUUGGUGGUUCAGUGUUAAAGGUCACCUGUACAGACGCAGACAGUAGCGUCAACAGUGAUGUGACGUUAUCGAUAGUGGCGGGAAACACCGUGAACGCCUUCAGGGUAACCGGAGACGUUAUUGAAGUAAAUUCAGCUUUAGACUACGAAACUGUUAAUAAAUAUGUUUUGCUUAUUGAAGGCAAAGAUAAAGGUAUUCCUAGUCGAUCCUCCACUGCCACGGUCGACAUAGAAAUCACACCAGUCUAUCCACAACCAAGAUUUGCUUCUAAUGUUCAGACAAUUACCAUUCCAGAAAAUACAGUAGUUGGAACAAUUGUGUUCGAUUCAGAUGCAACAGUUGGCGGUGCAUUAGAGCUCAAAGAUCUGGCUUACGCCAUUACUGCAGGAAAUGUAGAGGGAAAAUUUGCAGUAAAUGAAAAUACCGGGGAAUUGAGUGUGAUCGGGAUACUGGAUCGGGAUACCACUGCUAGCUAUGACGUAACAAUUAGCGCUGUCAAUAUCCAACAGACAACACUGCGAGAUUUGAUCACUGUCACAGUGACGCUUAGUGAUAUCAAUGAUAAUCAACCAAUAUUUUCUGUUCCCAAGUACUCUUUUACAAUAAUGGAGUCAAGUUCCAUCAACACUAUUGUGGGAGACCUAACGGCUUCUGAUAAAGACAUCGGAGUUAAUUCUGUACUAAGUUUCUCAAUUAUUUCUGGCGAAAACAGUGCUGAUUUUGCGAUUGACACAUCUACUGGACAGCUUAAGGUUAAUGCAGUGUUAAAUGCGCCACUCAGAAGUUCCUACGCACUUAUCGUCCAGGCUGCUGAUGGUGGCACUCCAUCUUUGACAAGCAAAGCAGAAGUUGACAUAAUUGUGACAGACAUUAAUGACAAUUCACCUAUUUUUAGUCCAGAUGUGGUAAGCAUCAAAAUUAAUGAAAUUCUUAACAUCAGUAGCGCUGUUUAUUCUGUGUAUGCGACAGACGCUGACGCUGGGGCAAAUGCUCGACUUACGUACUCCAUUCUCUCUGGGAAUAAUGAUCUCCGCUUCUCUGUUGAUCCAAACAAUGGAAAGGUUCUUCUACGGAAUCUUCUUGAUCGAGAAACGGUAAGUCUGUAUAGUCUUGUCAUUAUAGCAGUUGAUGCUGGCAGCCCAGCUAAAACAGGAAGCUUAACAUUAAGCAUCGAAGUUGUUGAUGCUAACGACAAUUCGCCCUAUUUCAUUGGAGAACCAUAUUCUGUAACGCUUGGACGAGCUGAUUCAGUGGGAACAUACCUGAUUUCAAUAAACGGUAAUGACACCGACUUAGCGGACAAUGCUGUGAUUGAAUAUUUCAUUGUCAGUGGGGAUGUAUCUGACACGUUUUAUUUGAACAAAGACACCGGGCGUGUUACUACACUAACGUCACUUGUUUCAUCUCCUGAUAUAUACUCACUGGUAAUCCAUGCUAUUGACAAAGGAGUUCCAAAAAGAACAUCCACUACUUCUCUAGCAGUACGAAUUGAUCCGCCUAACUCGCCAACUGUCAGUGAUUUUUCCUUUUCAGUCGACGAAAACGUUCCUUUGGAUACAUCUUUAGGAACAGUACUUCCAGAUCCGAUACAUAACCCCGGAACAACGAUCAUUUUUACAAUUGUAUCCGGCAACUAUAAUAAUAACAUUAAAAUAGGGCUGAAUGAUGGGGUCAUUAAAGUAGCACGUGCAUUGGAUCACGAGGAGCGAAGCAAUUACUAUCUCACAAUAAAAAUUCAAGAUUCCGUUAACUCUGCACUCGUGUACAACAAAAAUGUUUACGUGAAAGUAAAUGAUCUUAAUGACAACACUCCACUUUUUCAAUCAACAACAAUUACAUUCACUAAUGUUGUUGAGAAUUCCCCAGUUGGAUUGACCAUCGGACAGAUUCCUGCAACGGAUGCGGACAGCGGACUCAAUGGUCAGCUAACCUACAUGAUAGAUCCAUCUGACAAAACUGCCCUAACGGCAUUGAGCAUAACAUCCACUGGACAUCUGACGCUUUCAAUCUCUCCAGAUUACGAAUCUUCUCCCAGAAUAGCGUUCAUAGUUUAUGCGAAAGACCAUGGUACACUCCCUCUGACUGGAACAGUUAACGUCGUGAUAGACUUAAUAGAUGUUUACGAUAAUCCACGCUCUGCGUCAGCCAAUAGUGACUCGCCAUUUUAUUCACUAGAAUGUCCUGUCACCGCACUAAAUGGUGACGUCAUAGUAAACAUAAAAGCAACAGAUUUUGGAUACACAGUUGGUCCAACUGACAGUAUUAGAUUUAACUUGAUUGGUGGAGGCACCGUGUUCGAUGUGGGGGCCACAAACGGAAAUUUAUAUGUCAAGGAUCGCACUAAAUUGUUCGCAGAAACACGGUAUUUCUUUUCGAUGGCUGUACGAAUCCAGACUUCUAAUAACAAUGUGACGGCCACUUCUGCCUUGUUCAGGAUAGAUACAAUGACCCCUAGAUCACAUAUGGUCAUUCUAACACAUAGCAUUUCUAAAACAACAGUUGAAUCGCAAAAGCACUUACUUCUUGCUGCUCUUCAAAAUUUGUUUCCCGCCAAUACAAGGGUCGGUAUAUGGAGAAUAAUCGGAACGACGACAACAGCUAGACGUCGACUAUUAGCGGAAACUUCGCAGUCCAGCAUUUAUGUUGUGAACAGUUUAUCAGCUGACACCCAAUCUGGAAUAGAGGGAAAUAAACCAUUUAUGUCGCAGGAUAACAUCUUAAAUGUUCUACGUCAAUCAUCUGAUGGCACGCCCGCUUCUGUUUUGACCACACCCACUUUUGCAACGUUUCCUGUGACGUCAGUAAAUCCCUCUUUAGAAGCUGUGAUCUCUGACACACAGUCAUGGGCGGAGACAACUGAAGGGAUUGCUGUUUUGACGACAAUAGGGGUUACACUUUUUCUAGCGGUGUUGUUUACAGUUCUCUUCUGUGUCUGUUCUAGAAAUCGUAAAUACAAGCUUGAAGCUGAAGAUGAGAAAAAUAGAAAAGGACAUACCGCCUGAAGCUCUGCCUGUUAUUCCUACCUAUCGGGAGUCAAUGCAGCAUGAAGUUUACAAUCCAAGAAAAAUUUCUAAAACAAAUGAAGUUCCAGUUCGCAAAACAAGUAAGCACGUUUCGUUAACAGAUUUAAACAACUCAUCGUCUGACGAAGAUUUGUUUAAGUUCUGGAAUAACAAUUACAGCUAACAACACCCAAGCAAGCUUUGAAUCCAAAUAGAACUUUUCCUCUUUUUAUAUUACCUAAAGAUGUUUAUAGACAUGCACCAUUUCAGUCACUCAAGGACUAAACUUUUGUGCUACACUGGUUUGUUAUACAUUAAUACUGCUUAAAAUAUUGAUCACUUUUGGUACUCAAAUCAAAUGCAUGUAUGAAAGCCUUUGUUUAUUUGCACUUAUUAUUAACUUUAUUAACGGCUUUUAAUAUAAUGUUAUGGAAACAUUUUGAUAAAAUAAUGU